AUGGGCUGCUGCAGCGGACGAUGCACUCUCAUCUUUAUUUGCACUUUACAGUUGGUGUUUGCUUUAGAAAGACAGGUGUUUGACUUCCUCGGUUACCAAUGGGCUCCAAUUCUUGCAAACUUCUUCCACAUCAUCAUCGUAAUCCUCGGCCUCUUUGGCACCAUCCAGUACCGACCACGGUACAUUAUAGUGUACACAAUAUGGGCCGCACUGUGGGUAGCCUGGAAUGUUUUCAUCAUCUGCUUCUACCUGGAUGUAGGAGGCCUGUCCAAGGACAGUGACCUCCUGACGUUUAACAUCUCGGCCCAUCACUCCUGGUGGAGCGAACAUGGUCCAGGCUGUGUGAGGAGAGAGAUCCAACAGGCUCCAGGGGUCCACAACACAGAGAACCACUCCUACAUCACUGUCAUGGGCUGCCUCAUGGACUACCAGUACAUCGAGGUCAUGCAUAGCAGCAUGCAGAUUCUUGUUGCUCUCCUGGGCUUUGUGUACGCCUGCUAUGUGGUCAGUGCUAUCACCGAGGAGGAGGACAGCUUUGAUUUUAUUGGUGGAUUUGAUCCAUUCCCACUCUACCAUGUCAAUGAGAAACCAUCUCAUCUCCCCCUAAAGCCCAUGUACCUGUCUACGUAAAUAGAAAAAAAUGCAGAGAAGGAGGUGAUACAGCAAAUUCCCCAGGAGCCAAAAUAGCUGUUUACACCCAAACACACCACGGCACAACAGAGAUCCCUCCUCUUUUUGAUUCCAGUUCUUUCAACAUGUCAUUUUCUGGUGUGCUGCCUAGAAAACUCAACAUUUCUCACUGAGAGUCCAUUGUGAUGGGAUUUGAAACACUUCCAGUGAGAGUUUAAUGCAUAAGUAGUAUUUGUGUUUUUAAAGGAAAAAAAAACAUUUUUUAGCCCCUGUGAGUUUUAACCACGGGUUGAUAUUUUCCAACUGUGUACAACAUGGACAGCUAAUAUAUACAUUGCAUAUGUAAUCAUGGAGUUGCCCAGCAUUCCAUGUCUGUGGUACUUUGUCUUGGAAUACUCUGAUUUAGCAUAUUAUUACUGGUUUGGUUCAGAUCUUGGCCUUAGGGCUGAAUUACAGUGGAGUCUGUGGAAUGAGCUAUUGUGUGCAGCCUGUUUGCUUUAGGAUCCGUGUGAAAAAUACAGAAGCUAAGCAAGCUGAGGCAGGGGAAUAGAGAGGUAGAAGGUGGGGAGGGAACAAAAGCGCCAAACCUACAGGGGCAUCUGCCAAAAAUAGAAAAUGUAAAUAAUGAAAUGCAGAGUUUGAAAUGUGAAUGAUCAAGCAUACAAAACGGCAUUAGUUUGCAGGAGGUCUUCAAAGACAAGGAACAGCAUGCAAGUGUUCCUUUUAAGUCUGGAGGCCUAUUUUUGUGAUUAUGACUAUUUUUCCCAGGAGAAAAGUCAGUAUCUCUAAAGUGUCUGGUGUCUGUGAUGAGCAGAAAGCUUUAGGUUCUCUUCAAGUCUUCUCCCCUAGCAGUUGACAGAUCUGGCAAGGGCAAUUGUUUAACAAAGACAAGCAAAGGUGACACAGCAUAUUUUUAACUUGAAAACAGUGGAAGUUAUUUUCCUUUCCAUUUGCACACAGCAGUGCUGGAGUUAUUGGAUAUAGAGUGUAGAGGCAACACACCUGUGCCCGAGUGGAUCAGAGAUUCGUCUCCUGGCAGAUCGACAAUAUAAAUUAAUUUCUUUAAAUUGUGAUACCCUCAACUGUGUUUGAUUGUAGCAUGUUUUUCACAAGGUUUUCAUUGUAAUUAUAUCCAUAGCAUUAGAUGAUUGAAAAGCUAAACUGGUGAAAGCUUCUAACUGAAAGCUUCUGGUGACUUGUGUCAUCCUCUAAUGUUUUUCUAUUCUGACCCAACAUUAAUAUAACCUUUUUUUCUGCAAAGGUGAUAACACGUGGAUCAUAUAUAUUAUACAGAUAGGUAGCACUUUUUUUGUUCAUAUUGCAACUAUCAGGACAAAGUCAGAUAAUGGCAGGUCUUCUGUUGCCUUACUGCUUAUGUGAAUCACUACUGCCCUCUGUUGUUCAGAGUGUUAAUGUGCAAGGUGCAAAGCUUCUAAUCUCAACAGAAAUCUCUACAAAUGGUUUUGUCUGAAGUAUUUUUGUUGUUUGCAGAUAGUGAAUCUUAAAUGAGCGUUCCUGUGAAGAAGUCUUUUGGUUCUUCCAUUCUAUAUUAGUUAGGCACAGCAUGAAUCAGGAGAACUUUGAACAUGUUGUUUUUAUAAUAUCAUUUUAUGUAUACUUUAAAAAGACUAAUGAUUGCAGGAAUUGCUUCUUGAUUGUUUAGUUUUUAACCAUUUCUGUCAUUUUUCAUCACCUACACAUACUGUGGGAAUGUCGACUUUGCUCAAAUUAACUGGACGUCACUGCCAGAUGGUUUAUAAACUGUUAUGUAUUUGAGAUCCAGCUGAAUUCUUUGCUGGGGUACCUCAAAGUGAUAAAGUUAACUAUUUGGAUUUAGUUGGUUACAAACUUGCAGAAAUGACCCAAUACUUAAGAUGUCAUUAUAUGUAAACUUCUCCUUCCUAGCUGGAUGACUGAACUAAAACAAAAAGCACCUCAUAUUUCAUCAUCACUAUGAGUAGUAACAUGAUAUUAUAAUGUGUAAAUUAGUCUUCCUCUCAGUGCAAUACAUAGUUUUUCCAGACCCAAGUAUUAGUUAACUUGUUAUGACUGUAUGUGGGAUAAAAGAACUCUUUUUAGAUAAUUCUGUCUUCUGUGUAUUGGAAGCGGGAAAGAUAUAUUCUCUUUUUUUGUACAUCGUUGCUCAAACUCCACAUGCCCUGAUGGUGUAACCUUAAUUAUCCAGAACUGUCCUUUGUGUUCAUGUAAAUACUUGUUUGUUAAUAAAAGAACAUGCUC